AUGAACUUGACAAUUUCUAAUGAGCUUACUGAUCAGAUCUUUGGUCCUCUCGAGGUCAGUGGAGAUAUGACCCUCCAGGAUCUUAUUGCAUUGCUUCAACUGGAUUGCGGGUUUGAUGAAAGUAAACACGAUUUGUACCAUAAUAUGACUAAGUUAGAAUUGGCUGGUGCUAGGACGCUGAAUGAGAUCUUCAGUGAUGAGAACGAUCUGCUCCUAAUCAGAAGCAAGGCUGGCGUUCAGACCCCAGACCUUUCUGAUGAUGCGUUUGUAGAACAGUUCAGGCAAGAAUUACUACACAAUCAACUUUUGAGAUCACAACUACUUCCUCAGAUUCCGGGACUGGAGCAGAUGCUUGAAGAUUCUCAGGCCUUUAAAGAGAGGAUGGGCCCUGUAAUUCUUCAGAGACGUUAUGGCAAUAAUGGACCUGAGUCUCAAAUGCAAAAUCCUUUCGGCCUACCUAAUGAUGAGUAUAGAAGACUUAUGAGUAAUCCAGAUGAUCCUGCAAAUCAGAAGAGAAUUUCUGAUUUGAUCAAUCAGCAGGAAAUUGACGAGCAUAUGCGAAAUGCUUUAGAAUAUACUCCGGAAGUCUUCACUACUGUUCACAUGUUGUUCAUAUCGUUGGAGAUCAAUGGCCAUCCUGUCAAAGCAUUCGUUGACACAGGUGCUCAGGCUACCAUAAUGUCCACCAGGCUUGCGGAGAGAACAGGCCUGACUAGGUUGAUAGAUAAAAGGUUUGUCGGGGAAGCUCGAGGAGUCGGUGUUGGCAAAAUUUUGGGAAGAAUUCAUCAGUCACAAAUAAAAAUUGAGACUCAGUACGUUCCUUGCAGUUUUACCGUGCUGGACACUCAUGUUGACCUAUUGUUAGGUUUAGACAUGUUAAAAAGACACCAAGCAUGUAUUGAUUUAGAAAGAGAUGUAUUAAAGGUUGCUGGAGUUGAAACAAAGUUUCUAAGUGAAUCAGAGAUACCAAAAGAUUUCACAGAGAAUAUGACUGGACCAGCAAAAAAAGAAGAAACUUCUAAUAAAGAAGGUCAGAGAUUAGGUACUAUUCCUAAAAACAUUGGUGGUCUCGAUAGAGGUACCUCAGGCAACAGUUCUUCAGGCCUUAGCGCUGCCAGACCAGCAAACUUUCCAGAGGCCUCCGUCAAGCAGCUCAUGGAUUUGGGAUUCUCGAGAAAAGAAGUCCUUGCUGCACUUCAAAGUGCUCAAGGCAACACUGAAAUAGCUGCUUCGAUAUUAUUUCAGUAA